AAUCAAAUUCAGAACGUGGUCAGACGUUGUAGCGCGUGGUCGUGGAAUUUUCCGAGAAAAACCCUGGGGGAAAAUCAAACAGUGCGAGGCAGCAGAAGCAGCAACAACAACUAACUAGAGCAGAGGAAAUUUGACAGACUUUGAUGUGAACCGGAAACGAGGGCAAAAAGUCAAGCUAGAAAAACCAAAAACAGGAGCAGAGGAGCCAGGCCAAUAGUGUGCAAAUUGAUAUAGUCGGAGCAGCAUGGAUGAGGAGCACGACGACGAUCGAGUAAUAUGAGAUUAGAUGGGGCUCUAGAGCCCCGGCCCCGUCAAGGAGCUGCCACGUUCAAGGGCCGCCAGCCCCUGAGGCGCGAGACCCGCGAAACAUGUGAGACACAGCAACAGCAGCCAGCUGAUGAAGACGACGAGGCCACAGACGCUGAGUGUUUGACCACCAACCACAGCAGCAGCAGCAGCAACAAUUGCCAAGUCAACUUGGUCCUCAAACCAGAGAGAACAACAUCAACAACACCCACGCCCAGAAAAACAACUGGAGGCAGAGGCAGAGGCAAGGGGAUAGCUACCACCACCGCCGCGAAAACGCAUACCAUAUUAAUGGCGCCCAACGUGGGGCAUCAGCGGAAGAGCCUUGGCCUUCGACUUCCGAUGAAGCACGGCCGGCGGAUGAUGGGUGCGGGCUGGGAGCGCCUUAACGGUCUGGUCCUGUGCCUGAUUUCCGUUAUUGCCCUGCUGCCGCCGCUGACGCUCGGCGAUGACGGCGAUAAUUUCUUUGCCGUGAAUGCCUUUAGUGCGGGUCCGGAGACGACAACGCCAGAGUUCGAUUAUGCCAGCCGUGGCCAGAAGAAGUUCGGGGACAAGUGCGAUAAUACCCUGGAAUGCGGCUUCCCCGGCUCCAUUUGCGAUCCCAAGAAGAAGUCCUGCCAGUGCACCGAGGAUCUGCCCGUCACCAAUCACAUUGACAAAUGUGGCAAAGAGGCCGCCGUGAACGAGUCCUGCUUCUUCAACGAGCAGUGCGAGAUGCGAUACUUCCAGACGGAAUGCCGGGAUGGGCGCUGCAUCUGCCGGUUCGAGAUGUCGCCCAUUUGGGCCAAGGACGGGUCCGUGGAGUGCAAAGGGCGCCAGGACAAGAGGGGACCCGAGACCUACAUCGAUCCGGCCAUGAUUGGCGUGCUGGUAGGAAUGGCAUUGAUGUUUGUUAUUAUUUGUGUCGUCCUGCGAUUGUUUAGCCAAGCUCGCUGGCGGGAGAACCGGACCAUCUUCAACACGCCCAAUCCUCGCCUGAUGAACGUCUCCCUGCUGCGGGAUAGCAAGCUGCUCCACGGGCAGGAGCGCCGGGGAUCCAGGAUGUCGGUGCGGGCUCCCUCCCGGCAGCCCAGCAUGGCCUCCCUGCGGCCCCACUCCCCCAAUCCGUCGCUAGGUAAGACAGGAUCCCAUUCGGAGUCGCAUGGCAGCAAUGCAUCGGCCGCCUCGGUGCGCUCCAAUCGCAGCAACUCAGUGGCUCCCGGCAAGGUGGCCCACCACGAGCGCCACGGAUCCGCCCAUCGCCAGCACCACCCACAUGGCCACCAGCAGCCGAAGGAGCAGCCGCAGUCGCCGCAGGACCAGUCGCUGAUCACCAACAUCACCACGAACCCGGUGGCCGAGAGCGUGACCGUGGAGAUCAUCGAGCCGGGACACAAGUAAAGAGGAGCAGGAUCGAAAAUUUCAAGUAUAAAGCAUGAUGGUUUAGGCAAGAUUAACUGGCUAACUCUCUGACACACGAACACUGGACACGAAAUGCAAAGAAGAAAAAACCAAACAUAUAGUCACGAUAUAUGCACGCGAUAAUAAGGCGGGUCCGCUCCCGAAAGGGGCGUGGCCCCGGCAACCAACACACAAAAAACCAACACACACGAGGCCAUUGUUCGACUCUUUUUGACAAAGACAAUUUUUGCAAUUAAUGGAAAUUUUUUAACCAAACCAAUUAUAUACUUAUUAUAUAAAUAGGGAGCAUAUAAAAGAAAAACACACACACAUACACCCAGAACAAUGCUAAAUGAAUUACUUACGUACGACUACACCGUAAAAAAUAAUUGAAAAAAACCUUGCAUAACAAAUUCAUACUACUCUUUUUUUCAACCAAAAAAACAAAAAAAAAAAGAAAGAAAAGCGAAAAAACCGAAAGAGAAAAACUUUAUAAAUUUAAAUAACAUAUUGUAAUGCAGUUAUAUAACUAAGCUUUGGGUUAAAGGCUUUAAGGAUUCAAAAACAAAAGCACAGCGUAGAGGAAACCUUGGGCAAGAUCUCAAUCGUAGUGUUCUAUAGCCAGCCAUCGGAGGCACUGCAUCGUGGCCAAAGAUGCGAUUAAUUGGCAGAAAAAGAAACCAAAUGCAAACCGCUGAUACAACGCCUUAUCUAUACUUAUAUUAUAGAUCCAAUUGCCGCUCUAGCUCCCACAGAUGGAUGUUAUUACCCAGAAACAGAAUCGAUGACAAACCAAGUUGAAGAAAUAUUUAACAACCUCGGGACCAUAUUUUAUAAUCAAAAUAUGCGUUUCAUUGCGAAGCACGCACGUUCACGUUAUUCUCGUUUUCGGUAUUUACUUUCGGUUCUCGAACAUAGUGUAGGUUCGGAUGUAGGGGAUACUGAAAAGGAGUACCUAUAUUUUUUAACAACUAGCUGAGCAAAUUUUAGGGAACACUCACAACAUGAUAUUAAGGAUAAUGAUUAUACAAGCUCGCCAAGAGUCCAAAAUCUAAAUUGACUUCCAGUUGAACAAUAUGAUUUGAAGUUUCAGUUCGAACUUAAAAGCAACGUAGAUUUUAUGCUGAGUUUUAUUUCGUUUCGACAGCCUUUUUACAAUCUCACACCGCACAUUGCAGAUCGGGGCCGAGUAUUUUCGGGCAGUGUAUUGGGCUAGUCGGGAAUAGGGGAAGAUUUCCGGGUCUGUCUAAUGCGAAGGUCGAACUACAAUCGGGCAACGGAUCUCCAAGUUAUAGCCAUAGUAGGAAUAGAAAUCGAUAUUGAUAAGGUUUAGUUGUUGCCCCCAAAAACAGACGAUUCUCAUUUGCUUUUGUGCUCAAUCAAAGAAGCUUAACUGUGAGAAUACCAAAUGAAUACAUGAUACAAAUAAACGUAAAGCGAAAAAAUCUUAAAGUUGCUUGAGAACUUCUAGCUAAACAAUUACAACUAGAGUAAAAAAAGGAAAACUUAAAAAAAAAA